AUCGUAUUGUAUUUUCUUAUCAAGGUACAGGUUAAAAUAUAAAAUAACCUUUAGAUGCAUGUUUUCUUCCAAAAAUUUAUUGUUAAGGACAUUACUUCUGGAUCAUAUCUUAAAGAUGAAGAGGUCUUGGAGGGGUCAAAUUAUAAAUUAAAGAAUCAAAGGAAAAAAAGAUAUGCUGCACUGAAGACCAGGAAGAGUUUUGGUUCUGCAGAUGGUCUUUAUUCUUCAACCGGUGACAAGUCCAUAAAAUGCAGAACUGAACUGCACUGGCUAAAACCCAGCUUUUAUACCCUUUCCCCACAAAUGGCAUUCUAUGUUAUCAAAAGUGACAAUCUUGUCCUGUGAAUUUACUAUUUAUGUUAUUAGUUUCAUGUGCUUUUACAGCUCUGUAUAAGUCCUUUCACAGCAUUGUACUUAUGUUACUUUGCCUCACUCUUCUUCUUCUAUUCUCCUUUGAUCCUAUCAUCUGCUAUUCUCAUAUUUUACUCCUCAUCAGCAUAGACUGCAUCAGUCAUUGCUUAGCUUGAACAAUUAAUCACCCCUCUUUAACCACUGUGAAUAAAUUCCUCUAAAAUUGUUGUAUUGGUAACAACAUUACCUCUAAUUUUUCCUCUGCUGAACCACUCCUGGUUGGCAUCUCUCAGAGAGAUACAGGUGAGGAUGAAGGGGAAAAGGGAUUUCCCUGGCCAGUAGGCUUCAGCUGGACCAUAGCAAGUUACUGGCACACUUAUGUUUCAAUAUAGUAAAGAUUACAUGACUACAAAUAGCAUGCAAAUAUAUGCUUUCUAAUCAAAGAAAAUAUACUAAUUACUUAUAACAUGCAAAAUAUGAUUUGAUGAAACUGAUUUGUGACACAGUUUGGGCUAAGUUUUCCUUCCUACAGUCAAUCAUGAUAUAAUUUCUCUCUCUCACAUUUUAGGAACCAUGGCAUUGCAUCAUGUGUGUGGAAUACUUGUUUUCCUCAGUGUUUGUCUGAUUUCUUUCACACCAUCUUGCGAUGGAGGAAAUAUUCUGGUGUAUCCCUUAGAUGGCAGCCACUGGGUCAAUAUGAAGAUCCUGCUAGAAGAACUUCAUGCCAGGGGACACAACAUCACUGUGAUCAGGUCAUCCACCAGCUGGUACAUCCCAGAAAAGUCUCCUCUCUACACAUCCAUUACCUUCACAACGACUGAAGGAUUAGAGGAUUUCUUUGAGGUGUACGUACAGAAGAUUAUGAGGGCGCAGAGAGAGGAGGCUUCAGCACUUACUUUCUUCAAACUCACCAAGGAUUUCCUUUCUGCGAUUUAUAAGGGUCAUUCAUGGGCCCUUCAAGUCUUCAAUGAUGAAAAAAUGAUCAAAAGCUUCAUGGAUUCCCAAUAUGAUCUUGUUCUCACUGACCCAGGCAUAGCAGCAGGGGUUGUCUUAGCCAAGUAUCUAAAACUGCCCAUGGUGCUCAAUGUUCGCUGGAUCAACAGCGGAGAAGGCCACUUUGCGAUAGCCCCCUCACCACUCUCUUACAUCCCAGUGCCAGGGUCAGGCUUAACGGAUAAAAUGAAUUUCAUCCAGAGGAUCAAGAACAUUUUUUUCUACAGCAUUGUAGUGUUCCAGCAGAAAUUCAUCGUGGGGCCAAGCUAUGAUGCCAUCUGUGAUAAAUAUAUCAAGGGUGGAUGUGACAUCAUUUCGCUACUUCAGGAGGCAGACAUUUGGCUGUUCAGGUCAGAUUUUGUGUUUGACUUCCCUCGGCCCACAAUGCCGAAUGUUAUCUACGUAGGAGGGUUCCAGUGCAAACCAGCCCAACCUCUGCCAGCAGACCUGGAGGACUUUGUUCAGAGUGCUGGGCAGCACGGAGUCAUCAUCAUGACUCUGGGCACUUGGGUUAAAGCUUUGCCAAAAGAGGUUGCAGUUGAAAUUGCCAGCGUCUUUGCCAAGAUGCCUCAGAAGGUGAUAUGGAGGCACAUAGGGGAGCAUCCCUAUACUUUGGGCAACAACACCCUGAUAGUGGACUGGAUGCCACAGAAGGACCUCCUGGGCCACCCACAGACCAAAGUCUUUGUUGCUCAUGGAGGAACCAAUGGAGUCCAGGAGGCCAUUUACCACGGGGUCCCUGUGCUUGGCAUACCCUUGUUCUUUGACCAGUAUGACAACCUUUUACGUCUGCAGGAGAGAGGAGCAGCAAAGAUCAUUCAGCUGGGUGACGUUAGUGGCCACAGUUUUGAGCAAGGUAUUAAUGAAGUGCUCCAUCAAGAAAGCUACAGACAGAACAUGCAUAGACUGUCACGUUUGCACAGAGAUCAGCCAAUGGCACCCAUGGAUCAGGCCAUCUACUGGGUGGAGUAUGUGAUGCGCCAUAAAGGGGCUCCUCACCUCCGUACAGAGGCCUAUAAGAUGCCUUGGUAUUCAUACUACUGUUUUGAUGUACUGCCACUUUUGCUGACUGCAGUGACUGUACUGCUGUUUUCUACUUUGGCUGUUUUUAGGUCCCUAUGCUGCAGAGGUAAAAGAAAGUCCAAAACCAAGCAACACUGAUUAAGUAAUUUGUUUAAAAAUACUCUGCCAUGGGUUCUUUAAAUCAUUACAUUUAGACAAAACCAUGUUUAUCUUUCCUGUUUCAAAAUAAAUUGUCAAAUGGAUCUGGACAGUUGUAAAAUUCCCCAAAAUCACUGGUGAUAUUUUUAGGUAAGGCUAUAAGGGGAAACUUCCACUGUAACGGAGGGCAAAUAAUUCUUUAAAGGAGACCUAUUAUGCUUUUCCAUACAUGGAGCAUCUACAGCUUGUUUCAGACAGAGGCUGAAAUGAAGGCCUACAUGAAAGGCCAGUAAAAGGUAGAAAAUUAGUUUUUUGAACCAUGAAUCAUGCAAAGAUGGCACACAGGAGUUCAACAAUAUAGGACUGGAAUAUAUAUAUAAUAUAAAGGGUCUCGUUUAAGUAAUGAGCUUGUUUAGUUUUCAGUGGCCUCUAGUGGUGAGGUUUCAUAUUGCAACCACUACCUCUCCAAGCAUGUCUUCAUGUGCGUGCUCGAACUCAUGAGCGAGCCAAAACAGACUGACACACCGAAGACAGCAUUACAUAAAAUGUAACAGCAAUAUUUUUGUCUGCUUGAUGUUCUUAUUCAUGCUCGUUGCAUGAUAAGAGAAUACACAGUAUGCAUUUAGCUGACAGCUUUUUAAUAAUUAUAACAAUAAUUGUUGUUAUAUAACAAUAACAAUUAUCAUAUAAUUCUGAAUAUGAUAAAUGAGAUUGUUGCCACAGUUUAGUAUAACAGUUAGACCACAGUAAGUAAUGUUUAUGUACUGAAUGGGUCUUUCACUGUGGUGUUGUCUUGCUCUGUUGUGUUACAUUAUUGUAUAUUAUGUGGGUCACAUAAGUUACGGUAUCUGCAAAAUACGGUAAAGCGUCAAUAAAUCUAAAGUGAGCAGUACGAGGCAAACAACGACAGAUCCAUGCUAAUCUAGCUGGCUGCCCCUGGCAUGCAUCACUAUUGGUUUUAGAAACAAACAAGCAUACCAUUGCACUACUGUACAGUCGUACCACACAUUCUGUAUAUACUGUAAAUCAUUCCCUAGACAUAAACAUUCCUACUGUACAUACUGUAUAAUCCCACAACAGUAACAUUUGCACUACUGUACAUAUUAUAGUUAUUCAUACCAUACUGCCAUAACCUGUUCAUAGCCUGUAUAUACCUGUAGCAAUAGAUAUUCACGUAUACAUAUGUUUAUAUUUAUAUAUCAUUCAUACCUUGCACACAAUAUUCUAUUUAAUUACAGCUUAAGCACUUCUUGUUAGAUGCUAUCUGCAUUUCGUUGCUUUGUACCAGUGCCAUGCGCAAUGACAAUAACGUUGAAUCUAAUCUAAUCUAGUCUAAAAUUGUUCCACAUUUGCUUUGUACUAUUACAUAAUUUUUUAAACUAUAGUAUAGAUAACAUCAGCAACUGGUCACUGUUGCCCGGCAUCUAACUUUAGACAACUAAAACACAAAACCAAAUCAUUAUAUAUUUUACAUGAUACAAUAAUGUUAGCCUAUCUGUCCACUAGCUACUACUUUCUGAUGUUGACCGUGUUUUCGCCCCACAUUGAUCUGAUUCUUGUUUUGCCCGACAGCUUCAGCCCAAAACAUUUUUGUUUGUUUUUUAUCCUUACAUGGAGUUUGUGUUGAAGUCUGUGUUUUUUUGGUGUUAGUUGCGGUGUUGCUGUGUAUACAGUUCAGAAUCAGUAUGCAAGAGGUUCGGGUGCGCACAUGAACAUAAACCAACCAUACUGAGUUAAUCUUUAAGAACACAUUUAUGUACAUCUAACUGGAUGCCACAGAGUUUGUUUUAAUGGUUAACUUUGAGAUCAGUUAUGUCCUGCUUGUUAUUCUUUGUGUUUAUAUCAAUCCAUGUAAAUGACAUUAUCUUCUAAACUAAAAUCACUGCCAGUGAAAAGAAAAACCUCAAUACUGAGUAUGGAAAAUACUAUAUUUUAAGAAAAUAGAUUGUAUUAAAAUUAUUUCCCUUUCCUGAACAGUCCAAAAACAGAUUCUUUGAAACAAUCAUCUCUCUUUGUUAAGCAUAAGCUCCAUGUAUAACAGGAGUGAGGUAUUCUUGGUAAGUCCUAAAAGCUAAAUUAAAGGUUCAGUUGGAUCAGUUAGGAGGAUCUAUUGACAGAAAUGCAAUAUUAUAUACGUAACUGUGUUUUCAGUGGUGUGUUGGUGGUCAAAUGGUGUGUUUACAUAAUAAACCCUUUUGUUCUUA